CUCUGGUUCCAGUCGGCAUGUUUUUGUGUUCCCACUUCAUUCUCACUCAACCAGUAACAUUUUUGGUCAAACAUCAGCAGAGGUGCCAGGAAAUGGAGUUUGCUGAGCUGAUUAAGACCCCCAGAGUGGAUGGGGUGGUGUUGAGGAGACCCUUCCUUCCCACAGUGGAGGGAACUCUCUGUCUGACAGGACAUCACCUCAUACUGAGCUCCAGACAGGACAACACAGAGGAACUCUGGCUGCUGCAUGCUAACAUCGACGCCAUAGAGAAGAGGUUUGUGGGGUCUCUGGGCACCAUCAUAGUCAAGUGUAAAGACCUCAGGGUGAUUCAGCUGGAUAUCCCUGGCAUGGAGGAGUGCCUCAACAUCGCCAGCUCUAUCGAGGUUCUGUCCACUCUGGACUCUGUCUCUUUGAUGUACCCGCUCUUCUACCGGCCCAUGUUUCAGGUCAUCGAGGACGGAUGGAAGUCGUUCCUUCCAGAGGAUGCUUUCAAAGACCUGGAGUCCAUGACUGAAGAGUGGCGUCUGAGUGAUGUGAAUAAGGACUACAGUGUGUGUUCCUCCUACCCUCCUCUGGUGGCCGUACCUAAAGAUGUGGAUGACGACACCCUGAGGAAAGCUGCCGCCUUCCGCCACGGUGGGCGCUUCCCCGUACUCAGCUACUAUCACAAGAAGAACGGCAUGGUGAUGAUGCGUUCAGGCCAGCCGCUGACCGGCACCAACGGGCGUCGCUGUAAGGAAGACGAGAAGUUGAUUAACGCCACGUUGCGGGCGGGGAAACGCGGCUACAUCAUCGACACGCGUACCGUCAGCGUGGCGCAGCAGGCCAAGGCACGAGGAGGAGGGUUCGAAUCAGAGGCCAACUACCCACAGUGGAGGAGGAUUCACAAGGCUAUAGAGAGGUCCAGUAUCCUCCAGGAGAGCCUGAUAAAGCUGGUAGAAGCCUGUAAUGACCAGAGCCACAGUAUGGACCGCUGGCUCAGUAAACUAGAGGCUUCUAAUUGGCAGACUCACGUCAAGGAGAUCCUCACUACUGCCUGUCUGGCUGCUCAGUGCAUCGACAGGGAGGGUGCGUCAGUACUUGUGCACGGGACAGAGGGGACAGACUCGACCCUACAGGUGACGUCUCUGGCUCAGAUCAUCCUGGACCCAGCCUGCAGGACCAUUCAAGGAUUCCAAGCUUUAGUGGAGAGAGAGUGGCUGCAGGCGGGCCAUCCGUUCCAGCAGCGUUGUUCCCAGUCAGCCUACAGUAACAGUAAGCCUCGUUGUGAAGCCCCGGUGUUCCUGCUCUUCCUAGACUGUGUGUGGCAGAUCCUCCGCCAGUUCCCCUGCUCCUUCCAGUUCUCACAACACUUCCUGGUUCUGCUCUUCGAACACACCUACGCCUCGCAGUUCGGGACCUUCAUGGGCAACAGCGCCUCCGAGAGGUUCUGUAAAGCUGUAAUUAGGUAGCGGUCCUGCUCCUGGGUUGUUGCCCUCCUACGGCCUCCUCCACGUCUCCUGAUGUACUGGCCUGUCUCCUGGUAGCGCCUCCAUGCUCUGGACACUACGCUGACAGACACAGCAAACCUUCUUGCCACAGCUCGCAUUGAUGUGCCAUCCUGGAUGAGCUGCACUACCUGAGCCACUUGUGUGGGUUGUAGACUCCGUCUCAUGCUACCACUAGAGUGAAAGCACCGCCAGCAUUCAAAAGUGACCAAAACAUCAGCCAGGAAGCAUAGGAACUGAGAAGUGGGCUGUGGUCACCACCUGCAGAACCACUCCUUUAUUGGGGGUGUCUUGCUAAUUGCCUAUAAUUUCCACCUGUUGUCUAUUCCAUUUGCACAACAGCAUGUGCAAUUUAUUGUCAAUCAGUGUUGCUUCCUAAGUGGACAGUUUGAUUUCACAGAAGUGUGAUUGACUUGGAGUUACAUUGUGUUUAAGUGUUCCCUUUAUUUCUUUGAGCAGUGUAUAUAUAUCCCACUGAAGACGCUCCUCUCCAAUCCGUUCAUCUUAUGUUCUACAGGAAAAGAGUAACAGGAUACUAAACCCGUAUUACUCCCUUCAGGGGAUCUGACCUGACCUCCUGACCUCAACCCCUCCUUCACCUAAUCCACAGAUGUCCAUCUGUCUCCCCUAUGUCAACACGGUGCUCUCCUCCCGUCCACCCAGCACAUUCUUUCUACAGAUCUCUCUCCUCGAUAUACCCUGCGUCUGAUCUAUCAUGUCAGAUGUAACAGAGUCAGAUUCGCGACCUCACUUCCCAGCUUGAAAUGUCUCCACCCGUUCUAUUGUAACGCCUAGCUUUUUGGUAACCUAGUUAAGACGUUGCUAAGCAACGUUGGCUAAGACGUUGCUAAGCAGGUGGUCACGUGUGUUUUGCGAGGCAGAGGUCCCGGGUUCUAGCCUCGGUGGAAGCUAAUCAAGCACAGGGCUUUAGGGAAACAUAUGUUAACAAAGCCAAAGCAAGUGAAAUAGAUCAACAAUAGUAAAAUAAACACACACAAAAUGUACAGUAAACACAAAAGUUCCAUAAGAAUCGAAAAUACAUUUUAAAUGUCAUAUGUCUGUAUACUGUGUUGUAAUGAUGUGCAAAUAGUCAAAGGACAAAAAGGAAGUUAAAUAAGCAUAAAUAUGGGUUGUAUUUACAAUGGUUGUUUGUUCUUCACUGGUUGACCUUUUCUUGUGGCAACAGGUCACAAAUCUUGCUGCUGUGAUGGCACACUGUGGAAUUUCACCCAGUAGAUAUGGGAGUUUUAUCAAAUUUUGAUUUGUUUUCUAAAUCUUUGUGGGUCUCUGUAAUCUGAGAGAAAAAUGUCUCUCUAAUAUGGUCGUACAUUUGGCAGGAGGUUAGGAAGUGCAGCUCAGUUUCCACCUCAUUUUGUGGGCAAUGUGCACAUAGCCUGUCUUCUUUUGAGAGCCACGUCUGCUUACGGUGGCCUUUCUCAAUAGCAAGGCUAUGCUCACUGAGUCUGUACAUAGUCAAAGCUUUCCUUAAGUUUGGGUCAGUCACAGUGGUCAGGUAUUCUGCCAAUGUGUACUCUCUGUUUACGGCCAAAUAACAUUCUAGUUUGCUCUGUUUUUUUGUUAAAAUAAAGGUGAAAUAAAAAAAUAAAAUAAAAAUUCUUUCCAA